AUGCCCGCCUAUCCGAGCCCGUCGAUGGGCAGUGAUACCAUCUCCGAAGAAACUUCGACUCCCUCAGAUACGGCCUUCAUAUCCCCAGUGAUGAAUGCCCGCGGCUACCCAUCACACCGUCCUUUUCCCUCGCUGGAUUCGCACAGCGACUUUGCUACAUGCGUCGACCCCACCGACCUCAGCACCGCACAGUCCCCUCAGAACGAUGGCGGGAUGAUGCCGGCCGAUGCAGGCCUAACACAUGUCGACGUCAACUCAACGCUGUACAACGAAUUCGACCCUGGUGUCGUACCACCACACCAGCCGAUCAUGGAGAGCACUCCAUACAUGCAGGACGUGGUCGAUGAUUGCUCGCCCGUCCCUCCGGCGCUUGGUCCAGGCCAGAAUGAGCCCUAUGUCACCUUUUCUAGGAGCCGAGCCGCGGCGCCGCAGCCUCUUGGUACCGGGUUGUCGCCGGCGUCGUUUCUGUCACCGCAGAACCAGGUGCCGGUGGUGAUCCCUCGGGCGUCCUCGCAAGGGUCAACCAAGCUCAACACUUGUCUCGGCCGCGGGUUGAAGGCCGACGGAGAGAAGAGCAAAGAGGUUUACCCCUGCCUUUUCCAGGCUGUCGGCUGUUCUGGAGGGUUCCCCGGAAAGAACGAGUGGAAGAGGCACGUCAACACCAUUCACGUUCGGUGGGAAGCCUGGGUCUGCGCCGAAGGCGACUGCGCAUCGCUCGCGAUAAGUUGGGAUCGGGGAAUGACCUUCGGCGAGCCGUCGUUCCCCCGCAAGGGGAGGGUCUUCAAUCGCAAGGACCUGUACAUAAUGCACCUGGGCCGCAGACAUCGUCACCUCCUCCCCCCUCGGCCUCCGGCAGACAAAAAACUCAUCGCUGCCGACCAGGAGAGGGUCGCUGCCCAGGCAUGCCAUCGUCGAAUCCAGCUGCCCAGGGACACGAAGGACAUGACGUGCUCGGUCAUGGGUUGCAACGAGACCUUUGGCGGCAGCUCGGCGUGGGACAGCUUCCUGGAACAUGUCGCCGACCACCUCAAAAAGGCCUUGGAGUGUUCGCGAGGCCCCGCGGCCAUGGGCAGCUGGAUAGAUUCUUCACUCAAGAGGUUCGGUGUCUCGGCCGGCUUCUUGUACGAAGAUGAAGGUGGCCAAUGGAAGCUACGCGACCCGACUUGGAACGAUGGGUCGAAAAGGAAGAAAGGGCACCGCAAGCGGUCCAGCUGCCAGAGGGAGGAUUGCAAUCUCCAAAGACCAGGAGAGCUUGAGGCCCUCGGCCCGCCAUGCAAGCGAGUGCAGUCAGGUUGA